AUGAGCACAGACGCAUUCACAGACGACUUCACCCACUCGCACGGCGGACGCUGCUUCUUCGUCGCCGUCGACCCGGCCUUUGACGACCAGGCGACCACCCUUGUCGCACGGAGCCGGCCAGAGGCGGACAGGCAGCAGUUCAUCGCCCACCUCUCCUCGCUCGCCAAAGACGCGCUCCCUCCCUCUCCCCAACCGAACGGCGACGCAGAGCACGACGACGACGAGCCGAAGAAGGUCCAGGACACGCCCGAGACGCGCGAGCGCAAGCGACAGGUCGUCGCGGAGCUCGUCGCCAGCGUCGACGGCGUCCGGCUCGAGGCGCAGUCGGACCGCGAGUUUGAGGGCUUCGCCAACCUGGUUCUCUCGCUCGUCUUGGGGCUGUACGACGCAGAGGAGGAGCAGUACUCCCAGCUCGUCCGCCAGCUCGCCUCCGCCCUCACCCUCAUCGAGUCGUCGUCCGGCCUGAGGGCCAACGUCAACCCGUCGCUCGCCGCACGGUACACUUCCCUCGCCACCGUCUUCAACUCGCUCCCCGCGUCCGCCACCUCCCUCCGCCUCGCCCUCUUCCGCUCGCUCGUCGCCUUCACCGCCAAGAACGACGACACCUCGGUUGUCCUCCCCGCUCUCAAGGACUCAUUCGUCUCGUGGUUGCUCGACGAAUGGCAGGUCGAGUCGGAUCUCGCAGAUGAGGCUGUCCUCGAGGUUGUCGACACGCUCGUCUCCAAGGGCUUGACGAACGAGGCGCUCGCUCUCUUGCGUUCGUACCUCGCAAAGACCAAGUCGACGUCCGACUCGACCGCCCGCCUCGCUGCCAAGCUCGUCACGUUGAGUCUGUCCGCAAACGACGUUUACGACUUUGCCUCGCUCGUCCCCUCGACCUACCCCUCUCUCUCCGCCUCGUCCUUCCCCUCCUCUCUCUCCUCCCUCCUCAAGACCUUCCAGUCCCCCUCCUCCUCGUCUUCCCUCCCUUCAGACCUCGGUUCGUCCGACCUCGACCGCGACGCACUCGAGACAAAGUUGCGCCUGAUCAAGCUCGCGCAUGUCUGUGCGGACCGCGUUGGACAGAGCGUUUCGUACGACGAGAUCGCUAAGGCUGUCGGUGUCGAGGCUGGUGCAGCUGCCGACGAGGGUGAGGAGGUCGAGACGUUUGUCAUUGACGCCAUCCGCGCCUCCCUCCUCCAAGGCCGCCUCUCCCAGCCCACCCAAACGCUCUACAUCACCCGCGUCUCGCCCACCUCGUCGUCCUUCACCGCCGAGCAAUGGAAGACCGUCCAGGCGCGGCUCGAGGACUGGAAGGGUGCGGUCGAGAGGAUCCGUGGUAGCGUUGAGAAGGGCUUGAGCGGCGCAGCGGGUCGGAAGGAGGUCAGUGUUGGGGGUGCGGAGGAGUAG